AUGAAAGGUGGCGACGAAGACAACGAGGACUUCCACGAGUCCUGGACCCGCAGAGCCAUGAGCGUGGGACGGCCACCAGUGUUUGAGGGAACGUGGUCAACGUUCCGAGUUCGCCUCGAAGCAUACUUCGAAGCGCAAGACAUCACGGACGCGACGAAGCGACGAGCGGUGUUAGUGGCCUCGCUACCGGACAGCGCGAUUCGAGUGAUCCAGGGACGUUGCCAUCCGAGGCAAAUCAACGCACUCAACUACGACGACGCCGUAAAGCACCUCGAAGAGUACUACGCCCCGGAAGUCAACGAAAUAGCGAGUACCCUGGUUAUCGUCGAUACUCCUGGACCAGCGCUGUGCGGAAGGGACACGAUCAAGGCGUUUAACAACUGUGGAGUGGCCAUGAUGAUUCCAAAUUUCGUCGCAAACCUCAACACGCGCAAGGAAGACCGCACAAGCCAGCAACUUCAGACCUUGCUCAAGGAGUUCGAAGAUGUGUUUUCGCCAGGUUUAGGACUAUACAAAGGUCCACCUGUGAAGCUGAUCUUGAGAGAAAACGCCACGCCCCGCUUUUGCAAAGCACGUACGGUGCCAUAUGCUUUGACGACCAAAGUGUCCGAUGCUUUGGACCGAUUAGUGGCAGACGGCGUUAUAUCACCGGUUAUGGCAGCAGAAUGGGCGACGCCGGUGGUUCCAGUAGUUAAAACUGAUGGGUCCAUUCGACUGUGUGGCGAUUUUCGGCUGACAGUGAACGUGGCCACCGUGACUGAGCAGUACCCAUUACCUCGUGUGGACGACAUCUUCGCAAGACUGAAUGGCGGUGAAGUAUUUAGUACACUGGAUUUGACUCAAGCGUACAACCAGCUGCCCCUGGAUAACGAGGCCAAGAAGCUGACUGUCAUAAACACUCACAAGGGCCUAUUUUGUUUCAAUAGGCUUCCUUUUGGAAUUAGCUCAGCUCCGGCCAUCUUCCAGAGGCAUAUGGAUUCCCUGUUCAAGGAUCUUCCGGGUGUACAAGCCUAUCUGGAUGACAUCAUAGUGGCCGAAAAGCGCAAUGACACUUCAUUGCUAAAGCAAGUCCUGCAGCGCUUACGUGACUAUGGGCUCAGACUAAACAUUAAGAAAUGCAAAUUCAGACAAGAAGAAGUCACCUUUCUUGGACAUCGAGUCGAUGCUAAUGGGCUCAAACCGAAGGACGACAACAUUGAAGCAGUUCUCCAAGCACCGGUCCCCAAGUCGCAAGUGAAGUUUUGGAUCAAGAAAGGCUGGCCGAAAUUUUUUUCUGAAGAACAGACCCGCUUCCGGCCAUACUUCAGUAAGAAGGCUGAACUCACGUACUACCAAGACUUAGUCUACUGGGGACACCGCAUCGUGCUUCCCACCGCUCUAAACCGACGUAUCUUGGACUUGCUCCAUGAAACGCACCCAGGCAUGGCGACCAUGAAGAACAUUGCAAGAUCCCUGUUUUGGUUUCCGGGGCUAGACGGUGAGAUCGAGCGAUUGGUGCGGGAGUGUCCUGCUUGCGUACAGGCUGCAGCGAUGCCUCCAGCGCAAACACCUGUACCAUGGCCCACGACGGGAGAGAAAUGGAGCCGGCUGCACGCUGACUAUGCUGGUCCUAUUGAAGGACACAUGAUACUGGUAGUCGUGGAUUCCGAAACGAAGUGGAUAGAAGCAGUCCCAACGAAAUCUGCAACAGCAGAAGUGACAGUGGAGGCUCUCAGGGCGAUGUUUGCAAGGUUCGGUCUACCUCGUACUCUUGUGACGGAUAACGGACCUCAGUUCACGGGCUUCCACUUCCGCAAUUUCCUGGCUCAGAACCAACUUGGUCCGCAAGCCACAACUAGCAGUGCUGGCUGCCCUCAGUCCAUGAAGCCACAGGCAGUUCCCGCCCUGCGUGCCCUGUCGAUCAAACUGAUGUGA